GUUGCGCAUGCUCGCGCUGUGACCCCGGCCUGAGGUGACGGCCGGAACCGAAGCUGGAGGCAGCUUGCAUUGAGGCUGAGGAACACGCCACGGCUGUGUCACCGCUGCGGUCGGACGGAGAGCCCCUGGAACCCUGGAUUGCCAGGGAGGAGGAGAAAUCCAUCUGCCAGGGACUGAAUGUGGCCUGAGGGACAGGCCAUCAGUCCUGGAAUGCCCCUGCCAGAGGCCAGUGAGCAGGAGGGCGAGAGCAUGAAGGCCAGCCAAGAGCCAUCCCCGAAGCCAGGCACAGAUGUCAUCCCAGCAGCCCCGAGGAAGCCCAGGAAGUUCUCCAAACUGGUCCUGCUGACAGCCUCCAAAGACAGCGCCAAAGUGGCAGGGGCCAAGCGCAAAGGCGUGCACUGCAUCAUGUCCCUGGGGGUGCCUGGCCCUGCCACCCUUGCCAAGGCCCUCCUCAAGACCCAUCCCGAGGCCCAGCGGGCCAUUGAGGCAGCCCCCCAGGAGCCUGAGCAGAAACGCAGCAAGCUGGACCAGGAUGCUGAUGCUGAGGGAAUAGAAGCUGGCAGGUUAGCAGGGGGGCCUCCCUCGGAGCCAGGAGAGGAGACCGCUGCCCAUCCCAUGGCAUCCAGCACAUCCCCGGAACCUUGACAACACAGGGCAUCCACCCUCACUGGUCAGCCACCUGGGCUGUAGGCCCUACUCUGACCAUAAAGCUUCUGGAGCCCUGUCCUCAACAGAUUUUCAUUUUCAACCUUUUUUUUUUUUUUUAGAUCAAGCAUAAAUUACUUUUGUAAGCAAGAAAAAAAUUCAAAACAGAAUAAAAGAAGCUGUAUGCUAGAUCCCAUCAUGGACAGGUUUUAAAC